GUAAACGGCAAUGCCGCAAGGCAAACAAUUAAAAUGGCGGAUACCAGUUCAAAAUAGACGAAAAAUAACCGCCGGCCGUUAAAGAUCAACUGACGGCUCAUUGUGCAAGGGAACAGACGAUUGUUUUGGCCUUGUGAUUUACUGACAUCGAGGAAUAUAUAUACCGUCUUGUGGGUGUAUCAAUGUCCUGGAUACGUUGACGGUUUUUAAUUUUCAGAGUUAUUUCAACUAAAACAAUGCCUCCCAAAGCUGCAGCCUCUCGGCCUGCUGCUGCCAAGAAAAAGGCUCCAAUACAUAAACUCCCAGACCCAAUCAGGGAUGGAGAAAUUGUUCGUGAUAUCCAGAAGAGACAGUGGAGGCUCGGCAAAUCCAUUGGUGUUGGGGGGUUUGGAGAAAUUUACGCAGCGUCUGACAACAUUGACAAACAAGUAAACGCAGCCGAUGCACAAUAUGUGAUCAAAAUUGAACCUCAUUCCAAUGGUCCGUUAUUUGUGGAAAUGAAUUUUUACAUUCGGGUAGCUAAAGCAGAUUUCAUUAAUGAGUGGAUCACUUCUAACAAACUGAAAUUCCUGGGUAUGCCCCGAUUCAUCGGAUCUGGCUCGCACGAAUACAAAGGUGAAAAGUAUCGUUUCAUGGUCAUGCAACGAUUCGGUAUCGAUGUCCAGAAACUCUUCGAUGCCAACCAGCGUCGUUUCCCUCUCAACACGAUUCUCAACUUGUCACUGAGAAUUAUUGACGUUCUGGAAUAUAUCCACGCCAAGCAGUACGUCCACGCCGACAUUAAAGGCUCCAACCUGCUGUUGGGAUUCGGCAAAGGUGGUGAGAAGCAAGUGUGGCUCGUCGAUUUUGGACUUGCUUGUCGCUACACUGUCGAUGGUGUCCAUAAAGAGUACAAGCCGGACUUGAGGAAAGCUCAUAAUGGAACUAUCGAGUUCACCAGUCGUGACGCUCACAUUGGAGCCAAUGGACGUCGUGGUGACUUUGAAAUUCUUGGCUACAACAUGCUCCAAUGGAUGUGUGGGAGACUUCCGUGGGAAAGUAAUUUGACGGAUCCAGAGUUUGUUGCCAGUCAAAAGAACAAGUACAUGUCCAACAUCCCGGCUCUUAUUCAGGAAUGUUUUCCAGCCAAGAACGCCCCUGCCGUCAUGGUGAAGUUCCUGGAAAUGGUGGCGAAUCUAAAGUUCGAGGAGAAGCCCAACUAUGACAAGUUCAGGCAAUUACUUCGGCAAGGCUUGAAGGAUGGCGGUUUCCCUGACGAUGGGGCGCUCGUAUUCCCUCAUCUCAACAAAGGAGCGGGUAGCAGCAGCGUGCGUAGUUCACCCAAGAAACGCUCGGCUCCACCGCCUGUGCCAACCGAUGACGAAACGGAAAACGGAAAUGUCAAGCAAAAGGCCAAAACCAGUAUUAAAAAGAGUCGGGAGCCUUGCUCACCCAAAGUCACCAACCGUUGUUCAACUCGUAGGACGACGAGACGGGCCAAUAUGUCGCCAGAUUGUGAUACGACAGAUUCCAGCAGUCUCAGCAGUACGACAUUGGCCGUAGUCUCUAAGAAGAGAUCGGCUGAGAAGAAGGAGCGUUCCAAAGAAUUAUCGGCUAAAUUAGACACGUCGCUUAGCAAUCCCACCCCGGCUAUGCUGGCCAUUUUGGCCCGGAUGCGUAGCAAAGAGGAAACACCUUCACCGGCCCUUCCAUCGAAAAGGAAACAAGCCAGGUUGGACAGCCGUUCGUGUAGCCCAAUCGAUCUCGAUUCCAGCUCGAUCCUGACUCCCGCCAUGGAAGAAGUCAUCCGCGUGAGAGAAGUGCGUAAAAGUAUGGAACAGAGUGGACAUUUUUUCACGCCCAUUUGCAGUCCGAAGACUACCGCCGACCCGACUCCCAUCAACCGUUUCCAGAGUCCGACUUUGACGCCACGAAACAUGGACCUGUACAUGACCAUGGAUUGUACGCCGGAAGAAGAGGAGCCUCGACGGAAGAAGAGCAACGGCAGUGGCAAGGGCUUCGUGACUCCAUCCUCUCCCUCUAAACGUGUUCUGAGAAAUCGACUUCACGAAUCUGUGAUUUUGGACGAUUCCACAUCUUCGUCGGUCAAUUCCAGCACCGCUGGUGAAUCGUCGUCGUCCACCACACCCGAUAACCAACGCCGAGUUGUCCACAGACACAAGUACAGAGUGGUCGACAUGGCUUCUGCGUCCACGCAAACGUCACCCGGCGUUUUAAGUCUACCAACUCUUGAACGGAGGCCUUAUUCGCUUAGGUCGGCUGCUCAAUCUCCAGCAAGCACUCCGGGGAGACUCUUCCGUCCUCCGCCGCAAAUUAUCGACCUUAGUCCCGACAUGUUUCGCAAUGAUGCCAGUCCGUGAAACGUCACAGGAGCAAACAAACAAAAAAAUUUUCAUUUCUAUCCCUUCCCUCCUACUACAUAUUUCUUUUAAUAUCUCGUAAUCGGAAGUUUUAAUUAUUUAAAAUUCAUCUUUAGUCGAAUUACCGACACCCACCAUUUUUUCUUGUGCCUAUCUUAAUUUAGUGAUUUUUAGUGUGCGAGUGUUUAGCUGCUACUCAAGUUGAACCAUUACUCUUAAUUCCUCCUACAAUAUAUAAUGAAAUUUUUCAAAAACGAUCAGCGUAUAAAACAGAACUAAUAACAUGCGGGUACUACUCACUAUAUUCACGAUACGUAGCCUGAUUUGUUAUUAAUGUAUUUAUGUGAUUUACGCGAGUCUCGUCGCAUUCUGAGCGGAAACAAAUACAGUCGGUUCAACAAACA